AUGUCAAAUUCACAAAGAUAUUGGUCAAUAGAUGAUUUUGAUGUAGGUGAUGUAAUCGGAGAGGGUAGGUUUGGAAAAGUAUUUGUUGCAAGAGAAAAAAAAUCACGUUUUGUCUGCGUAUUAAAGAUAAUCCGCAAAAAACUUUUAACAAAGCAUAAUCUUGAGAAACAACUGAUAUCUGAAAUCGGAUUACACUCGAGUUUCAAUCAUCCAAACAUUUUACGACUUUAUGGAUAUUUCUUUGAUGAUGAAAGAAUUAUGAUGAUUCUAGAAUAUGCAGCACAUGGAACUUUAUCAGAUCUACUUAAAAAACAUACCAAAUUUGAUGAACCAACAGCAGCAAAAUACUUUAAACAGAUUUUAUCUGCUGUUGAGCAUAUACAUUCAAAAGAAGUACUACAUAGAGAUUUAAAGCCAUCAAAUAUUAUGAUUUCACUAGAUAAUACCCUAUUACUUGGCGAUUUUGGUUUUGCAAUUAAAGGAAAUGCUCCUGCAGGAGAAAUUGUAGGAACACUAGAUUAUAUUUCUCCAGAGAUACUUAACAAUAAGGAGUAUGGCCGCUCUGCAGAUGUUUGGGCACUUGGAUCGAUUCUUUUCGAGCUUUUAACUGGAAAAUGCCCAUUUGAAAGCGAUGAUCCAAAAGAAACAGUUCGUAAAAUUCAAAACGCAGAAUUUUCUUUCCCUGAUUAUAUUUCCCCAUUAGCUCGUAAAUUAAUAUCUUCAAUACUCCAAAUUGAUCCUACAAGCAGACCAACAGCAAAAGACUUAUUAAAUGAUCCAUGGAUUACCUUUCAUACUUCUUUGAAUAAUUCGUGA